AAACCAAUUGCAACCUCCCUCUCACGCACACAUCUUUACUCAUUGCUUGUUUCCUUGUUGAAAACCCCUGCUGCCCCACAGUCCUAUGCUACCCUUCAGAACAUUGAUUCACUUUACGCACAUGCACAGUGGCUUGGGUAUUAUCUUAGUGCCCAGGGAGUAUAAAAUGCAUGUGGCUCUGAUUUUUAAUGUUUUGGCGCCUGUCCUUAACAAAUAACAAUGGCUUCGAACAAAAGGCAUUUCACGGAGGAAGACGACGAUCCUCACUCGUUCUCCAAGAAAUCGAAGGAAUCUGAAUCUGAAUCUGAUGCAUCCCCUUCUUCUCUUCGCAUUUUUCUCAAUCCUGCGGACUAUGACUUGGGUGUGGGAUUACAUAAGUGGAAAGCUGAAGAAAGAUCUACAGUACCAGGCUGAUGAAGUGUUCAUGAUGCAUGAUGAUGUUGUGCUUUGUGUAGACUUUAGCACAGAUUCAGAAAUGCUUUCAUCUGGGUCUCAAGAUGGAAAGAUUAAAGUUUGGCGUAUUAGGACUGGUCAGUGCUUACAGCGUCUUGAACGUGUUCAUUCUCAAGGUGUCACAAGUGUUUCCUUCUCCCGUGAUGGAAGCCAGUUAUUAAUCACUUCAUUUGACAGCACAGCAAGAAUUCAUGGCCUCAAAUCUGGAAACUGUUAAGUGAAAAUGUUCCACUUUAUAAUAUGGCUAUAUAGGGCCACCCAAAAGGAGGAAUAUUUAACCUAUUUUUUGGAGAAGGCUUAUGACUUUGGUGGGACCACUUGGGCCAUGACUGAAUUCAGUUGGGACGUUAAGUACGUUGGUGUUCAAGCCAUUGCUUCCAUGAUGAAAAAUAUUUAGCUAUUGUCAGCUCUAGACCACGGGUUAUAAGCUGGGAAAUUGGGGAAGAGAUUCUGAAGUUCCCUAAUGAUUUGGGAAAUGUAGAGCACAUUUCUAUAUCGAGUGAUGCCAAAAAUUUAGUUACAUUAGAUUUUAAGGAUAAACAUCUUCAAGUUUGGAAGUGUGAUUUAAAUUCAGGAAGUCUGUGUAGAGGUCCUACACUUCCCAUAAGACAUCCUCCAUUAGUUUAUGUAAAAUUUACUCUUUGGCAUGA